AGUGAGGGCGGCUGGUGAUCAAUAACACAAGCAAGACUCCGUCGCUCAAUACCUGGCUCUGUGGUCACCUCCACCUGCCUCACCGCCGCCACAUUCCUGCUGCUGCUCCUUUUCAUUCACGCCAGGUAGAAUAUGACCUGACUUAACAUGAGUCUUUUGUUGCAGGUCACCGGGAGGCUCCUGGCGGAAUGAGACGAGGCUGGUGAUUGGCCUGUCCAGCAGCUGCGCCUGUGCUCAUUGGCCGAGAGGGCGUCGGCUCCACACACUGUCCCGGCCAGCCUCUACACACAAGACACAAGCUUUCUCCUCCUCCUGCAGGGUUGGUCAGGAGGUGCUCACUGUUCUCCUCCCUGAGCUGAGGUCACGUGGAGGAGGGUAAAUAAGUGACCAUCAUUGUGGUGUGGUAAAUAUGAGUGAAAAACACUGUGUGGUACCUGCGUCCCCUCGGUUCUAAGGCUCACGGGACGCACGCUCAGUUAGUGUAAACCUGGCUCCCCUCGAGAGCGGACGUGGAUCGAUGAUGGUCCGUGGCGACUUGUUUGUUUGAAUAAUGGUGGAUGCAAACCGUGGCUGGGUGGAGCAGUAGGUGUGAGUGCUGGGGGUGGUGGUGGAGGUGCGAACUAUGAGGCCAGUGUAGACCCGCGGCGCCCCUCAGCACCAUAAUGCGCAACUCGGUAUGGUUAUCAUCUUUUAUCCUCCUGGUGGCCACACUGGCGGGCGCCACGGAGGGCGAGACGGCCAAGGAGUCUCGCUGUGAGGAAAUAACCAUACCUAUGUGUCGCGGCAUUGGCUACAACAACACGUCCAUGCCUAACCAGUUCAACCACGACAGCCAGGACGAGGCGGGGCUGGAGGUGCACCAGUUCUGGCCGCUGGUGGAGAUCAUGUGUUCCCAGGACCUCAAGUUCUUCCUAUGCUCCGUCUAUGCUCCCAUCUGUAUCGAGGACUACGAUAAACCCCUCCCGGCCUGCAGGAGCGUGUGUGAGCGUGCCAGGGCGGGCUGCGCUCCCAUCAUGGAGCAGUAUGGGUUUGGCUGGCCAGAAAGGAUGGACUGCUCUAAGCUGCCAGAGUAUGGAGACUCAGUGCACCUCUGUAUGGACAAACGUAAUGGUUCAGCGCCAGAGAAGAAGACCACUAAGACCUACACCUCCCUGGACAGUAAGUGUCGCGGCAAGAACAACUCUAAAUACUGUCCCAAGACAACAAGGCCGGACGCCUGUCAGUGCUCGUGUAAGAUCCCGCUGGUGAAGCUGGACGCCUCCUACAGGCAGGUCGGCAAGAACCAUAAUGAGUCAUUUAAGGUGGGAGGCGUCCAGGACUGUGCACUGCCGUGUAAAGGUGUUUAUUUUAGUCAGGAAGAGAGAACUUUUGCACAAAUCUGGAUCGCCACGUGGGCGAUCCUGUGCGGUGUGUCGACCUUAACAACCAUCACCACGUUCUUAAUCGACAUGGACCGAUUCAAGUACCCGGAGCGUCCCAUCAUCUUCCUCAGUGGCUGUUACUUCAUGGUGUCCGUAGGCUACAUCAUCCGUCUGGUGGCUGGUCACUCGGAGGUGGCGUGUGACGGCGACAUGAUCGUGUACAACUACCACCUGGUGCGCCACAACCCCUACGGUUCCGGCCUCUGUACUACCGUCUUCCUCCUCGUCUACUUCUUCGGGAUGGCCUCCAGCAUCUGGUGGGUGGUGCUCGCCUUCACCUGGUUCCUGGCGGCAGGCCUCAAGUGGGGUAACGAGGCCAUCGCCGGGUACUCCGCCUGGUUCCACCUGGCCGCCUGGUUCAUCCCGACCCUUCAGAGUAUAGCCGUCCUCAUGAUGGCGGGCGUGGACGGUGACUCCGUGGCGGGCAUCUGUUACGUUGGCAACCAAGACAUCGGUAACCUGCGAGGCUUUGUGUUGGCGCCCCUCUUCAUCUACCUGGUGCUGGGGUCGUGCUUCUUACUGGCCGGCUUCGUCAGUCUCUUCCGCAUCCGUAACGUGAUCAAGCAGCAGGGCAGGACGAAGACGGAGAAGCUGGAGAAGUUAAUGAUCCGUAUCGGUGUGUUCAGCGUAUUGUACACUGUGCCGGCGACCAUCGUCAUCGGCUGCUACUUCUACGAGCAGCUGUACGUCGCCAACUGGCAGGACUCGCUGGUGUGCCCGUGUAGCCCCCACCAUGGCCAGCGGCCCGACUACUCGGUGCUCAUGCUGCGCUACUUCAUGACGCUGGUGGUGGGCAUCACCGCCGGGUUCUGGAUCUGGUCUGGCAAGACCCUGGACUCAUGGCGACGGUUCUACCAGCGUCUGUGUCCUGCCCACGGCCACACCUACGAGUACCCCACACGACCCAUGAAGCAGGCGACCGCCCCCUCCUGUGCGUCUUUCCCUCCCCCGCCCAUGAGCGCCCAGGGCACCACCCACAGUGUGGCGUCACACAUGGGCCCUGUUAACAAGACACUGCCACUCUCACACGUAUGACAAGAGAGGGAGGAGGGGGGCUACCUGGCUGGAGCCCAGAGCACCAUGGGGGGCUGUCCGGCCAGCGUGGCGAGCGGCGCGCCCUCCACCUGCCACAGUGUCACCACACCUCACGUCUAUGUCGACCCGAGGGACGAGAUCCUUCCAUACGAGCUGUGAGGCGAAGGACUCCACCAGCAGGAGGUGUGUAGUGACUGUGUGAAUGUUAACAGUGGGAGGUGACGCGUCCCCCCCCCCCUUCCCAAGUGGCACUGAGUGGAGUGUCACCAGUGCCCACAAAAAGUUUCCUGUGAUGACUCGUAUCCAGUGUUAGUGAUGAUGAUGCCGCGUAGUGAGACUUUUCGUUCAUUAUUAAGUAUUAGAGACCAGACCAGACCGUCGUGCCACCACAGUUCAGUAUUUUCUUGACAGUAUUCAGUGUCAUGAUAGCGUGUCAGGCUGUCAGUGUCGUGAUAGAGGGUCAGGCUGUCAGUGUCGUGACAGCGUA